GGCUGCGCGCGGGCACAGCUGCCCCAUCCUAUCUCUUUAAAUGCGCGCGUGUUGGGGGAGACAUGACGCGGGCGCUGUCGUGUUGCGCCGGAGGACGAUCGCGCCGCUCGCUCGCCGCUCGUCCACCUGCGUGUGAGCGCUUCUCGCUUCGGCAGCCAUCGAGAGGAAAGAGCGAGGGUCAUGGACUGAAAGCCACCUGAGAGGAAUCUUGGGCUCUGAAUGAAAUGGAAAAUUGGAAAAUCCAAGACAUCCAUGUGACGUGAGCUCGUGAUUAUGGAGAUCCCGGCACUGGAUGAAUAACCCGGACAGAAAUGAAUCAUGGAAGUCAGAUGGAAAAUGAGUUAUUCAUACAGCUCCACUUGACAGCCCGGGCCGAAUGAUCCUGUUAACUGACUGAAGCCUUUGCAGCGAAGCAAGCGCACGUCACCGGCAGUGCCGCCGAGCUGGAACGAAAGAGUUGUUUAGGUUCCCAAUGUUGAACAUGUCCACCCCCAGUGAGCUGAAGUCUCCCUGCGUGACUCGCAACGGCAUGGUGAAGCUGCCCCCCAGCCAGCCCAACGGCCUGGGCAGUGCCAGCAUCACCAAGGGCACCCCUGCUGCCAAGAACCGCCUGUGCCAGUCCUCCUCGGUUCCCACCAUUCUGCCUCCUCCGCCGUCCUCCCUUCCCUACCACCACCACCACCACCCGGACAACGCAGUCAUGCCGCAUUCGGCGGCCUCCAUUCUCGGUUGUGACCUGGAACCUGGGAAGCAGCUCGUAGGCCUGAAACCAUCCCUGCGCCAACUACCCCUGCUUACUCUACCCAAACCCAUUCUACUGGAGCGCCAGCUCGUCCUGGAUGAGAAGCUGCUCAACCGACUGCUCUGGUACUUCACCGCAGCCGAAAAGUGCGUGCUGGCGCAGGUAUGCAAGACGUGGCGUAAGGUGCUGUACCAGCCCAAGUUCUGGGAAGGUGUGACACCCAUACUGCAUGCCAAGGAGCUUUACACCCUGUUGCCCAAUGGAGACAAGGAGUUUGUCAGUCUGCAGGCCUUCGCCCUGCGUGGCUUCCAGUCUUUUUGCUUAGUUGGCGUGUCAGACCUGGACAUUUGUGAGUUCAUUGACAACUACCCGCUCUCCAAGAAGGGUGUUCGGUCAGUCAGCCUCAAGAGGUCCACCAUCACGGAUGCUGGAUUAGAGGUCAUGUUGGAGCAGAUGCAGGGUCUCGUGCAUCUGGAACUGUCGGGGUGUAACGACUUCACGGAGGCCGGCCUGUGGUCCAGCCUAAACGCCCGCUUAACGUCGCUCAGCGUCAGCGACUGCAUCAACGUGGCGGAUGAUGCCAUCGCUGCCAUCUCCCAGCUCCUGCCCAAUCUAUCGGAGCUGAGUCUGCAGGCCUACCACGUGACUGACACAGCCAUGGCCUACUUCACAGCCAAACAGGGCUACACCACCCACACUCUGCGGCUUCACUCGUGUUGGGAGAUCACCAAUCACGGCGUGGUAAAUAUGGUGCACAGCCUUCCCAACCUGACAGCGCUCAGCCUCUCCGGCUGCUCCAAAAUCACUGACGACGGUGUGGAGCUGGUGGCGGAGAACCUGCGGAAGCUCCGCAGCUUGGACUUGUCAUGGUGCCCCCGAAUCACUGACAUGGCCCUGGAGUACAUUGCCUGUGACCUGCAUAAAUUGGAGGAACUAGUCCUUGACAGGUGUGUACGGAUCACAGACACAGGCUUGGGCUAUUUGUCCACAAUGUCAUCGUUGCGGAGCCUCUAUCUGCGCUGGUGUUGUCAGGUAACGCAAAAUAUACACGACAUGUUCGAGAAAGCGAUGAAGUCUGUGGUUCGAGCAAACUUGGGGUUCUUUUGUUAUUAUUGCAACCUUCAGGUGCAGGAUUUCGGACUGCAGCAUUUGUUCGGAAUGAGGAGCCUUCGUCUACUCUCUCUGGCAGGUUGCCCCCUGCUGACCACCACCGGCCUGUCGGGCCUCAUUCAGCUGCAGGAUCUGGAGGAACUGGAGCUGACCAACUGCCCGGGCGCCACCGCCGAGCUCUUCAAAUACUACUCGCAACACCUUCCGCGCUGCAUGGUGAUCGAAUAAGAGCGCCGUCGCACCCUUGGCAACCCAGCGCAAUACUUCAACCUUCCUCCUCUUUACUCUCCCUCACUCUUGUCAAACGCCGGCCAGGAAACAGAACACCGUUGCUCAUCUUCUGGCCCCCCCCCCCCUCGCCCCACGCCCGUCUUCCUCCGCACCCCGUCGAGAGGAAGACAACGGGCGCUACGAAGAAGAUGCUGAAGUGCAGCGAAAAGGCCCGGGAUGACGUCUUGUCUGGCCGCCACUUUCAUUUUCGAAGGGCGCAGGAGGUUUCGGACGACAAACCCGCGACGGCGUUGCAGGUCCGGCUGCGACCGAGUGGUAUUAGAAAAAAAAACACAAACAAUGACGUUGGUGUUGCUGUUCUGGUGGAACUCACACAUGUGCUUAUACACUUUAACCACACAAGACCUGAAGUAGGAACGUUUCUUUUCUUUUUCAUCACUCGAUGUAAUAUAGCUGCCCGUUUUCCCUCAAAGCUUCAGUCUUCUCUUGCUCAGACACAAACCAGCCGGUAAUGAAAUCCGACAGUUUCCCAAUUUCUCGGAUGGAACUUCUCUUUCUCUUUUUCGCCCUCUUUGUGUGUGUGUGCGCGCGCGCGUGUGUGUGUGUGUGUGUGUCUUAUGAACUCAUAGGUUCCGGUCUUCUUUGGAGCUACCACCACCAUUUUUUUCCCCCAUUUCCGUAUGUUACCAGAAUUUAAAAAAAAAAUAAUAAUAAUAAUAAUAAUAAUGCCAUGACAUUUGCAAAACAACAGUUUACAUUGUCCUUUUUGUUGGACUUGCACGCUUGACCAAUUAAUCGUUUUUCCCCAUUUGAAAUUGUAGCGCUAGAUAAGACGCUGUUGUACACUUCCGGCUUGUGUGUCUUGAAAGGUUGAUCGCUGAGGCAGUGGAAGAGUGUGAAGAAGGAAUUGGAGAAAUUUGAUUGCCUUGAAAUGUUGAAAGUCAGACGACAAAGUUUUUGGAAACACAUUGCUGGUUUUGGGUUUGUUUUUGUGCAAUCGUGCGUUUCUAGAGGUGAACAUGAACUGUGGUCAAAUGACUUUAUGAAAAGUUCGGCGAUUUCAGUAUUUAUUACCUCCGCCUAGGAGGAGCGUUUUUUUUUGUUUUGUUUUUUGGGUGCUGUUGUUGUGUCAGCGGGCUCGCUCGCAAAUUACCUGCUGCACUAAAUUUGAAGAAAACGUGAUUUUAAAGGCAUGUCCAUGAAAAUAUAAAUGCACAUUACAGACAACAGAAGCCUGUACUCUCCCAGUAGUACUGGAAUAUCCAUAGCAAAUCCACUAAAUGCAAAGAUGAUGAUAAAAAUGUUCAAAGUUCCUGAAAUGUUGUACAAAUGUCAGCAAAUUAGCUUAUCCCAGAGUUAUGGAAAAAUCGAUGGAUGCCUUUAUGUUUUAGCUUGGAGUCGGAAGUCAUGUGUUGCUGAGUUCAGAUAAACCACAAUCGAAAAAUGAAAACACUUACUUAAGCCCCAUAUUGUCAAAAUCUUCAAGUCAAAUCAAUAUUACAAUUUAAAAACUACAUUUAAAAAUGUUAAAAUGUCCUUUUAAAAUGGAGUAAACUCAGGUGCCUUCUGGCUGGAAAUAACACAAAGUCAAAAGAUGAAGACGUUUACCGUGUUGCGUCGUUCUAAAGGAUCCUGCUAACUUCUGGAAAAGAGCUUUGUGUUUGAGGCGCAGUAGCUGGAGGGGGGAAAAAAAAAAAUCAUAAUAAUAAUUCUAAUAAUUUGGACUGACAGCCAAGCAGGUAAACGUUUGAAGUGAAGGCGUGAUGGUCAGUUUUUGCAGCUUGUUGUGGGAAGGUUUCGUUAGGUACAGCGCUGUCUGUUAAAGGCCGAAAAUGGAAUGUUUUAGUCAUUCCAACGACAGGAGGGACAACACAAAAAUACAUCCAAUCAGCGGCUGCUUUGAACAGGAUUGACAUACUGUACAAUGUUGAUAUCGUAAUAUGAAAAGCAGCACUGUGAGGUUUUAAUCGUUGGUUAGAAUUGAAAUAAUGGUUCUAUUAUUUAUGAAUAAUAGAGAAAAUAUUCCUAGCACAACUUCUUAAUGUGUCUCUGCUACUUUAUGUCAAUUCCAGCUCAAGCGUAGCCAUUCACCAAAUCAAAAUUCACUUUUUCACUCGCUCCAAAUGAAAUUAGGGAAUAUCAAUUAUAGACUGAAAUAAAAUGAUGAUAUUAAACCAUAUACGGUGGUGCCUUGAGAUACGGUUGAAUUUGUUCCGUACUCGUAUCGCAGAUCAUCUUUCCCCAUUCAAAUUAGGGCUGCACAAUAUUGGGGGAAAAAAUGACAUUGCCAUUUAUCUAUUUUUUAAACCUGCGAUAUACGUAUAUUGCGAUGUAUAAAUAAUAUAUAUCAAAUAAAACAGCGUUCAUUCAUUUUCAACAUGAACUAGUUCAAAGUUCAGUUCACAUACCCAAAAUGAAGUAGUGCAGUUCCUAGUUGAACUUUUGUCCUUAUUGUGCAAACAAAAACACGCAACGCAGUACGACAUGAACGACGGUGACAUCGGACGUUGAUAACUCUGCAUUGACUGUUUUAACAAAAUCAUUCGUCUAUUCUUAUAUUACACAAAAAAAAAGGAAUGAAUUCCAUAUUGUCACAGUGUGAUCGUCCAAGUGUAUUAACUAAAGCAUUCCGAUACAAAUAUUUUCCUACUAAUCCAUUUUUACAACGAUGUACUGCAUUACAAAAGAACACAUAGUCCCAUGUCCCCGAACGCACCUCGCGCACUCACACGGCGGCCUGCCGAGUUUCAUUCCCAAGAGCAAAAUAGGAAAUGCAGCAGGUGUCCAUUUUUUCCCCCGAGUCCUCAUUCAUUGUUGUCAUACAAGGAGAUAAGUUCACUCUGGGCUGUUCCGUCUGUUGUUUGAAGCGUUGUAAUUGAACGUAAACGUCAGUGCUUAUCUUAUUAGCAUGUCCGAACAGUCACUUUUAAUAUUACAGUGGAUUCACUGUAUAUUACAGUACACCAACAUCGCAGCAGACUUUGCAAUGUAACUAUUGCGCACAGGUACAUCGCCAUGACGAUGCUCAAAGAAAAUAUCGGACAGCCCUAACUGAAAUGAAUACAAAUGUCAUUAAGUGCUUCCAGGCCCCCCCUCCAAAAAAAAAAAAAAAAUAAUUCAAACCUUUGUAAUGUGUUAUUUGAUAAGGAAAAUAGCACCCUAUUAUAGUUGACAUUGUUAAAAACAUUUAGUAAAAUGUAAAUACAAUGGAAAAUGUAAAAAAAUGAAACAGCUUGUACAUCGUAAAAAAAUAUUAUUGCAGCUCCUCCUGGUGUGCACGAUUUAGCCAGAGGGCAGUAUAGUACAGAAACAAACAACUGUGAGUAUUGUUAUAUUGUCUGUCUCCAAGUGUUGCUGCACUAUUUUUGUCCUCCAUGGCGUUUAGCAUUAUGUGUUCGGAUCAAAGCGGACGUGUGUGCGCUUGUUUUCUCUCUUUUAUGUUGAGUUUGCGUCAAGUGGGAGUGGCAUUAAACAGCUUGAAGCCUCUUUUUUUGGAACAAUUGUUAACGAUCUUCCUGACUUCCUGAAGCGAGUUCACCUGCCGCUAUACAGCGCUUGUAUCGAAAAUGUUCGCUCGCGAGUCGAAGCACACGAAAAAAAGGACGGCUUGUAUCUCAAGGCACCACUGUACUUGCGAUUGUGUGUGAAAGAGAAAUCAUUUAGAAAUGGUAAUAUACGAGCUCAACAUUGGUGUAGGAUUUCAAAUCCAAUUUACAUCUUAAAUCUUUGAAGCCUUAUAAUGACAGAGAAAACCUUCAGUGAGCUCAAAUGUAACAACUUUGCAAUGCAGAACAAACGCAAAAAAGCCAUCUGCUCAUUUGUCUGACUGUUCUUACAAAGAAAAGUAUCCUCUCAACCUAAAUAGUUAUUUUUCUAGCAUUAGUUUGAUAUCCAAGGGAGAUUAAGAUGCCCGGCAGUGAGCCACACCGCUAAUUUGUUUUGGAUUUGCCUCUCGUGUGUCGUCAGACGUGCUCCCCGCCGGCCGAAAGGACUGGCUGUCAGGUUGUGCCAAAUCCAUUUGCUGCUUUGCCUCGUACGUGGACUGUACAGGGCCGGAUCGUGCAUGUUUCCCAGAUUUGCGGAAGGCUGUCCUUCGUCUGCUCGUUGUACAUAUUUAUUUAUCUAUUUAUUUCAAUUCAUUUUGCUCUCACCUAUGUGGUUUAUUUAUUGAGAGAGAUUGCUUCAAAUUUGCAACGAUUUGCCCCCCGGCCCCCGGCCCCCGGCCCCUAUCAUUUCAACCUCUAAAAUAAAUAUUUGACCUCGUGUUGACAUGAUACAUUCGUUCAUUCGUGUUCUUGAAUGUGGCAGGAAAAAAAAUGUGAUGUCUGAGAUUGACCUCUGUCAUGGCUAACCAAUGUUUACACUAUACUUCGAGUAAAAUGAUUAAGGGCAAGGUUUAUAAUUUGGUCAUCUAUGGAAGCUUAUUAAUGACAAAUAAACCAAGUGUUUUAAUCUUGGUCAGAACCAAACUGCGGUGUAUGUUUAUCACGCCAUCCUUAGUAGAACAGAACAUUUAUGAAAGGAUUUUAUGAACUAUUCUAUAUUUGCUGUUUUGAUUUAGUUAACGUGUCCAUCAUAGUGAACACACACAAAGCUGGCAUUUUUAAUUUCAUUCAUUUCAUUUGAAACAAUUGAAAGCUGGGUGGGGGGGAAAAAAAAAAAAAAAAAAAAAAAGAGUAUUGAAAUAAAAAUGUUGUAAGUCAAGUCCUAGCAGAAAAGAAUUCAAUGAUUUAACAUGCAUUGUAUAUACAGUAUAGCCUUCAUUGGUUUUAUAUCCAAGAAAAGACGAGCAAAUGAUGGAAGUCGUUUCGAUUGGGAAAAUCAAAUAGCUGAAUUGGACGACCGAACACAACAUUGUCUGUAAUGAGCUUCCAUAGGUUCGGGUGCGAGUUUACAUUUCAUAAAUGGACACGUGCAGUCAAGGCAUUUCAAAUCGAAGUCCACGGUACACUACAUUAGAUCAGGAAACCUUUUCAAAGAGAAAAUGCUUCGACUGCUGUCUACAGUCUUUGUAUCCAUCUGUCACCAUUUUGUUAUACAACCCUUGUACAGCACAACUUUCAAACGUCAAAUAAAUAUAGACCAUUUACUGAUUAUGAAAAGAA